AUGGAAGUGAGAAGCUUUCUGAUGUCAGUCUUUAAUACCUCCAAACUGGAAAUCUCUGUGUUCUUCCUGAUUGGGAUCCCGGGGAUGGAGCAUGCUCACAUUUGGGUCUCCAUUCCCAUUUGCCUCAUGUACCUCGUUGCCAUCCUGGGGAACUGCACCAUCCUCUGUUUCAUAAAAACUGAGACGUCUCUGCACGAGCCUAUGUAUUAUUUCCUCUCCAUGCUGGCAUUUUCCGACCUGGGACUGUCCAUCUCCUCUCUUCCAACCAUGCUGAGAAUCUUCUUGUUCAAUGCCACAGGAAUUUCCUCAGAUGCCUGCUUUGCCCAAGAGUUUUUCAUUCAUGCAUUCUCAGCUAUGGAGUCAUCAGUACUUUUCAUCAUGUCUGUUGAUCGCUUUAUAGCCAUCUACAACCCUUUGAGAUACACCUCCAUCCUCACCAGUGACAGAGUCAUUAAAGUUGGCCUUGUAUUUGCUGCAAUAUCUAUUUCAGUUGUCUUGCCUUUCCCUUUUAUCCUAAAGAGGCUGAAAUUCUGUAAGAAAAGCCUUUUAUCUCACUCUUACUGCCUCCACCAGGAUGUCAUGAAGUUGGCCUAUUCUGACAACAGGGUUAAUAUCAUUUAUGGGUUUUUGUUUGCGGCUCUUUUGUCUGUAUUAUACUUGAUAUGCAUUUCUGUGUCUUACAUGUUGAUUCUGAAAAUUGUUAUGGGCAUUGCCUCACACAAGGGUCGCCUCAAGGUCCUCAACACUUGCGUCUCCCACAUCUGCGCUGUGCUCAUCUUCUAUGUGCCCAUCAUCACCUUGGCGGCCCUUCACUGGUUUGCCAAGAAUGUUUCUCCAGUUAUUAGGGUCAUAAUAGCUGAUAUCUUCCUUCUAGUUCCCCCUCUGAUGAAUCCCAUUGUGUACUCUGUGAAGAGUCAGCAGAUUAGAAAUCUGAUCCUGGCAAAAUUAUGUCAGAAACAGCAUUGA